AUGGCAGACGAAUCACCAGCACAGCGAUCCGCCCGUCUGCGCCGCGAGCGCCGCGAGGCAAAGAUCAAGGAAGGAGGCUCAGCACGCCUGGACAAAAUCACCAGUCUCAGUGGACGCACGCCGCAAGCUGACCGCGAAGUCUCUCCAUCCCCUCAGGCCCAGCGCGCAAUGUCCGCGUCUCCCUCUCCAGCGCCGCAAAAUCCCCAGUUCCGACCCUCACCCUCGCCUCAACCAGACAUGCAGUCACCAGAAGCGAUCCGCGCCCAGCAGGAAGCGUUCUUCUCGAUGCUCCGACAAUCCGCACCGGAACAAGGCCAGGGCCUGCAUCCCGACCCGCAAGCGCCAAAUGACAUCCAGGCACAGCAAGAAGCAUUCCGCGCAAUGUUGAGACAAUCCGCACAGGACCAAGGACAGGGCCAGCCGCCCGACGACGCCGAAGACCCCACCAUCAAACUCCUUAACUCUCUCAUGGGUGCUAUGCCCGGCGGUGACCCCAAUGCCCCGGCAGGCGCACCUGGCAAUCAAGCCACGCCCGGGUUCUCACCCGCUGCUAUCGCAUCAAUGCUCGGCGUGCCGCCUUUCAUCGCCAAUAUGCUGGGUGGAAGGACGCCGCCGACAGAGGCGGAGCAGAAGCGCGCUCGGAUUUGGAAGACGCUGCACACCGUCUUUGCUUUGGCGGUUGCUGUUUACCUGCUGUUCAUUAUUGGGACUUCGGUUGCGUUGUUCGGUAGUCCCCCGCCCAAGCCUGCGACGGCACAGAACCCCUUUGCGAUCUUUAUGACGGGAGAGUUGCUGUUGACUGGCGGUAAGGUGUUGCUUGGUGGGCAGUCGGGUGGUAUGGGAAUGGCAGUGCAGCUGUUCAAAGAUGUCGUGAGGGAUGGUAGCCUUCUGCUGUUUAUGUUGGGCAUGGGGACUUGGUACAAUCGCGAAUGGCGGACUACGGCAUACUAG